AUGGCUAUCUUUGGAUCCAUGGAGUUCAAGGAAGCAGGAUUUACUCGACGUGAUCUUUUAACCGAGUUGGAUGAAUGGAGGAAUGAGGCCUAUGAAAGUUCUCGUAUUUACAAUGAAAGGGCCAAGAAAUUCCAUGAUUUGAGCAUUCGCACCAAGGAACUCAAGCCAGGAGAUGAGCUGCAAUCAAGGUGGACAGGGUCGUAUGUGGUGCAUAAGAGAAAUUGGAAUGGGACGUAUGAGUUAUUUGUUAAAGACGGCACUACUUUCACUGUUAAUGGUCAUUGUCUCAAACCUUACUUCAAGUCGAACGUGGAUCGUGGUCUUGAAGUUGUCAAAUUCAAUGACCCAUGA